UUCACAUUCUGUGCGAAUUGUACGUACGGCAAGCUACCUCUGAUAUCAAAGCCUAGUGGAAAUUUAAGAUCCAAUGGAAAAGCUGAUCACUAGCAACAUGGAAAGGAGGCCUAGCUCCGCAAAUACAUCUGCUGCGUUUCACGAUAAAAAAAAAGGUGACCAUCCUUUUCCGGUUACAAAAGGAUGCAAAUGUGUAACUCCCUACAAAUGUGAGAAGAAUGGUGCAAGCAACUGGGUCCUGAUCAUCACCAAAUGUGGUACGAAAAACGAACCACGCAAAAACAAUCUGCAGAAUGUAAAGCAUCGACCCCAAAGUAACAUCCAAUGUCCCCUCAAAGCGAAAACAUGCUGUAUAUGGUGCAUGAAUUCAUCUUCCAUCUGCAUUAGAAGAAUUACGGUAAUUAUGGGGUGUCUAACAACCAACUACACCGUACUAUGUAGAACAUGUACUUCAAAAUCCAAUAAGGAGUACUAAGUUGGGGGGACGAUGGAAAGAAUAAGCACCUUAGCGAUGAUUGUAAUAUCUAGAUUGGAAGUCCCAAAUGGCACGGCACUGCUAUUGACGAU